AUGUCUGAACGCUUCGCGCCCAAGGUACCUGUUCAACUCGAAGACCCCAAGGAUGAUCCGAUCACCGUGGAGGAAUUGUCAAAGUGCGACGGUACGGAUCCCAACCGUCCGACUUGGGUAGCCAUCAAGGGUAUCGUUUUCGACGUAUCCAAAAACCCAGCUUAUGGCCCGAAUGGUUCGUAUCGUGUCUUUGCAGGAAAGGAUUCUUCCCGAGCCCUGGCCUGCUCAUCUCUGAAACCGGAGGACUGUAGACCUAAGUGGGACGAUCUCGAAGAUAAGGAAAAGACGGUUUUAGAUGAGUGGUUCACGUUCUUCAGCAAAAGGUAUAAUAUUGUUGGAAAGGUGAAAGACGCUACAAACUAUUGA